GGACUGUGGGAGAAACGACUCACUGCAGAGCGAGGCUGUGAGGCUGUGAGGAUGACGAGUGAUGAAGAGGAGAUGAUGAUACGAUGAUUUAUGGCUUUCAUGCAACCAAAGAAGAAGAAGUGGAUCAAAUCUGAUUCUGCAACCAGCCUCAGACCAUGACGACGCUAACUCCUCUGCUGGGGAUCCUGCUCCUGAACGCCUCGCUGCUCCUGAACGCCACGCUGCAGACCUCAGACAGCCAUGGUCGUGACUUUGAGGAGGUGAAGGACUACGAGGUGGUCCGACCUGUCCGACUUCACGCUGUCAGAAAAAGAGACACAGACCAUCUCAGGCCGGAGAGUAUAAAGUAUGCAAUGACGGUGGGAGGAAGAGACAUUGAGAUGCACCUAGAAAAAAAUAAUGAAUUAUUUCCCCAAGACUACACGGAGACUAUUUACCAAGAAGACGGGGCUCGAGUCACCACAACUCCCACUGACAUCGAUCACUGCUACUACCACGGGAGCAUUUUGGACGACAGCCAAUCAUCUGUCAGCAUCAGCACAUGUGAUGGACUCAAGGGUUACUUCCGGACGUCUGAGCAGAGGUAUCUGAUCGAGCCGCUGUCCGGUGGCGAUGAAGGGGAUCACGCCGUGACGACCUUUGACGACAGGAAUUCCCCCCCGGCAGUGUGUGGGGUCACCAACACCACCUGGAGCGACGACUUUGAACCGCCAACCAGCCGCAGCCGCUCCAGAUCUGCGGGUUUAUCUAUCCUCCAUCAGCAGAAAUACCUUGAGCUUGUCAUCGUUGUUGAUAAUCGCUCAUUCCAGAAGAGAAACCGGGAUCUGCAGAAGAUUAGGGAGAGGACUUUUGAAAUCGUCAACUUUGUUAACUUGGCGUACAAGCCCCUGAGGACCUUCGUUGCUCUGGUGGGUCUGGAGAUCUGGUCCAUCAAAGACCUGAUCUCUGUGACCCCCUCGGCCGGAGCCAACCUGAACGCCUUCAUGGGCUGGAGGGACUCUGACCUGGCCAAAAGGAAAAAGCACGACAACGCACAUCUCAUCAGUGGCAUUGACUUUGAAGGAUCCACGGUGGGACUGGCUUACAUCGGGACUCUUUGCUCAGGUCACUCUGUUGGAGUCGUUCAG